AUGACGCGUGCUCGGGCUGCGUUCGGUCUGUGGCUUUUGGUCUUGCUCGUGCGAGGCACAGCCGACGCGCAGGAAGCUUACAUGAGCGUGGACGACAGUGGCAAUCUUCAUGUCAAUUCGUCAGCCCUGCACCCCGCAGCGCGGGUGUUGGUGGAUGGUGUCGACGUUCUGGCUGAUCUACGAGAUCUACGAGCUGCCAACAGCCUACUUGAACAGGUUGCCCAACUCACCACAACCAUCAGCCAGGCCCUCGUGCAAGCCGAGUCAAGCCUAGGGACCGAGCAAGCUUUGUUGGCGUCGCGCCUCGACGCGCUCGAAGGAACCGACCUUAGUUCCCUGCUGCAGCAAAUCUCGGCUGUACGCUCGACAACGACUACCAUGCAGGCGACUGAGCUGAGCCUGGGAACAGCUCAAACUUCACUAGCGUCCCGCCUCGAUGCGCUUGAAACGGAAGAGGUUGCCACGUUGAGCUCAGCCAUUGUCACCCUGCAAUCGUCUGCCAUCAGCGCUGCAACUCAUCUGUCCACGGCCGCGGCUCAACUCGGUCUGUUUGACAAUAAUCAAGCUACGCUUCAGAUGCAGCUAUCGACUCUUGAGGAGCAGGUCUCGAAGGAUGAUCUGCUCCAAUUUGGCGUCGCGGGUGACCUGACGACGGUUGCCACCACACCCACACGCACCAUCACCGUCGAUCAAGACGGCUGGGCUAGCGUGUCGUGCCAAGGCCAGUUUUCUUACUCUGGUACUACGCAGGGUGUUGGUCUAGUAGCAACCAUCUCCGUCGAUAAUGUUUAUGCUGCUGGGGACCACAGUUUCGAAGGGGAAUCCUCCGCCAUCACCUUUCGCGUGAGCGCCAGCACCCAGGCCAUCGUUCAAGCCGGUUCUGUCAUUAAGUGUGUAGUGUCAACCAUCCCGAGCGGCUUCGGGGUUGUGGCGAGUAUGACAGUGAGUGUUUGGAAGACUGCAUGAAUUGCCGAGCGAUGGAUGAGUGAGCCAUUCAUCUUGUGCUGGACAUUGGGGCGCAGUUAAUUU